UUGAGACAACGGAUUUAGUACGCAUUUUUCACCGACCACUUUUUGUCCGUGUACGGAUAUUGGACUCUAAACGAACGUCUGGCAGCCCUGAUUAGUUGGCAGCGUUGUUUGCUCCCCCGCAUUGACAUUUCUUUAGAUCAACUUUUACCUGUUGUAAACAAAAUAUAGAAAUCAAAAUAAUUGCUAUUCUACACUGCCUGCUCAAAAUAAUUCCAAAAACAAUAAAGUAUUAAACACCAAUAAUAACCAGCAUGUCUUACCUAGUGAAUUUCAGCAACGACACUGCCAAGCAAAUUCUUAUAGAAAUCAUACGCACAGUGAAUCAGCCCGAGAACUCCAAGAAGCUAUCGGAAGCCAAAGCCUCUGCUGGAAAGGAAAUGCUACUAAUGAUGCAGCACGUAUUUCCAUUGGUUAUGCAAUUACAGACAGAUGUUAUCAAAACUUAUGGAUUCCCAGGAAAUCGCGAAGGACUUGUACAAUUUUCACAGUUGGUGCGUGAAAUGGAACGCGAGGAUGUGGAAAUUGCAAGAUUGCGUAGCCAGAUAAGAGCCAUAUACUUGCCGCCCAUAGCUAUCAAUACCACAAAUGAUAUUUUGAUAUGAGAUCAAGAAAUUAGUUAACAAAAGACUGAAAUAUGAUUUGUAUUAGUAAUAAUGUUAAAGCAUAAACAGACGGCAGCGUUGAUCCGGAUCAACUCGGGAAUUAAUUGCAGUUGAUCCGGAUUAAGUCCGAGUUAGUCCGGAUCAACGCUUCCAUCUGUUUAAGCUUUUAUUACUGUAGGCGCACAUCCAUAAUAUAUAAAUGCAUUUAUGUAUUUGAUAUAAGUAAGUAUAUUUACACAGAAUAUGAGUAUAUCCAGCAAAGAAAUUAAUACAUGCAUUUUGAAAAAGUU